UUACUAUUUUCUUGUUGGCAUUGCAAAUGAAUUCACGGAAUCAUCUACCACUGAACAUGCUGAUCCCAUGUUCUCUCUCCGUUAUUUAGUAGUCCAAAAAGGCGACUCUUCCCAUGACUUCUCCACUGAAGAAGCUCUACUUAUCUUGUACUCCACCACGGCACCACCGUUACUGUUACUUCAUCAAAAUCUCGAUGUCGGUGUUACAAAUCGAUCAUCAGCUUCGGUGACUCGAGCGCCGACACUGGAAAUUAUCUCUAUCUCUCUCACGUGGAUCAUCUUCCUUAAGCCGCCUUUCUUCCUUAUGGCCAAAGCUUCUUCCAUCCUCCCUCCAGCCGUUGGAGUCUCAUCAUCGAUUUAUAGCCGAAUUCUUGGGACUACACUACGUGCCGCCUCACUUCGGAACCCAAAAUAUGAGCUUCGAUCAAGGGAUCAAUUUUGCGGUGUAUGGAGAAACUGCAUUGGAUCGUGGGUUUCUUUUGGAAAAAUGAAUUAAAUCUGAUUUCUCCAAUGUUAUUCUAAGUGUUCAGCUUGACAUCUUCAAUCAGAUUUUAUCUAACCUAUGCACCUCGUCUUCUCAUGGUUAGUAGAACAUUGGCCUUGUUCUCCUCAA